AUGGCAAGAAUUAGAGGCAGAGCAGGGUAUAAACCACGCCCUUGUAACAAAACAGAGGUUUUGCAAUGGCUUAAAACCCUCCCUUUAGCCCCUGAAUUUCGUCCGACCCUCGAAGAAUUUGAGGACCCAAUUGCUUAUAUUCAUAAAAUUGAGAAAGAAGCUUGUGUGUAUGGUAUAUGUAAAAUUAUACCCCCUGUCUUAUUGCCCUUGACGAAAAGUACUUUUUUUCAACUUAAUAAGUCUUUGGUGGCCUGUUCUGCCUCCCCGGAAGGCGAAUUAAGGCCUACGUUCACUACCCGGGUGCAGCAAGUUGGUUCUUGCCCAGGAAAAGGGCACCCUGUGAUUAAGUCUGUGAGGGAGAGUGGUAGGAGUUACACUGUUGAGGAAUUUAAAGCAAAGGCCAAGUCUUUGGAGAGGAAUUAUUUUAAGAAAAGUUCGAUAGAUAAAGGGGCUUUAAGUCCUUUGGAAAUUGAGACACUUUAUUGGAAUGCUAAUGCUGAGAAACCCUUUGAGGUUGAGUAUGCGAAUGACAUGCACAUAUCGGCUUUUGUGGAGUUGGAAAAGCGGAGGGGAGGAGAUGGAUUGAGUGAUGAUUUGAAUGUGGGAGAUACGGAUUGGAAUUUGAGGGGUGCGGCCAGGUCCAGAAGGUGUUUGCUGAAGUUUGUGAAGGAUGAUAUCCCUGGGGUUACAUCCCCAAUGGUGUAUAUAGGAAUGUUAUUUAGCUGGUUUGCGUGGCACAUGGAGGAUCAUGACCUGCACAGCCUCAAUUAUCUGCACACCGGGGAUAGGAAGACCUGGUAUGGAGUGCCUCAGCAUGCGGCAGCCGCUUUUGAGGAUGUGAUCCGUAAUCACGGAUAUAAUGGAGAGAUGAAUCCUCUCUUGAGUUAUGCUACUCUUGGUCAAAAGACUACCGUCCUGUCUCCGGAAGUUAUUGUAAAUGCAGGCAUACCAUGUUGCAGGCUGGUACAAAAUCCAGGAGAAUUCGUAGUCACUUUUCCAAGGGCUUACCACUCUGGAUUCAGUCAUGGAUUCAACUGUGCGGAAGCUUCAAAUAUUGCAACUCCUGAAUGGUUGCGGUUUGCAAGAGAAGCUGAAAUGCGCAGGGCUGCUAUAAACUCUUCUCCAUUAAUUUCCCACAUCCAAUUGCUUUAUGAUCUUGCGCUGUCAUUCUCUUCAAGAGGACCAGCGAGCAUGGAAACAAGAAGUUCUGGAUUAGAAGAGAAGAAAGGUGAAGGGGAAAGGCUGGUGAAGGAGCUCUUUCUGCAAGAUGUGAAGCAUGAUAUCAGCCUGCUUCACAGUCUUGGGAAAGGAUCUGCAGCUAUCCUUUUUCCCCGUGAUUUUAUCGUUGGAAAUUUUCCUGAAUUGCGUGAUGGACUUUUCCCAUGUUUAGCUUGUGGGGUUUUAUGUUUUGCUUGUGCUGCAAUCAUAAAACCUGGUAAAGUAGAUGUUCACAAUCUCAUGCUAGCUGAUUUUGGCAAUAUUGGAGGUAGUGGUGUUGCUUCUGACAUUGCUGCUAGUAAUUGGUGGUUUCGUUCUGCCGGAUCUGCCAAGAAUGCUGUGCUGGAUUCUGGUUUAGCUAUGAAUUAUGAGGAUGCUUCCGACUCUGAAACUGAAGCGAGAGAGUUUUCCCCAGUAUCUGACCUUGCUGAGGAGUCCUUUCCAUCACAUGUCUUCUGUCUUCAGCAUGCUUUUGAAGUUAAAGAGAAACUGGAUGCGCUUGGGGGCAUGCACAUGUUACUCCUUUGUCAUCCAGAUUAUCCCAAGUUUCUGGCUGAAGCAAAACUAGUGGCUGAUGAACUGGGAGCAGAACAAAUUUCGAGCGAUAUUUCCUUCAGGACUGCCACUGAAGAAGACAAGGAAAGAAUCAAAUCAGCUGUAGAUAGUGAAGGGUCCAAUCUUUCUUUCAGUGCCAACCCAAGUCCAAAAUUAAAGAGAAAGGGUAUGGAUGAUCUUGAGCCAGCCCAAAGAAGCAAGUUUCCAAGAGUUGAAGAGUCAACCAAGGCGACAGACCAGGAACAGGUUAGAGUAUCCGAAAAUUUACCUAAGCCACCAGAACCUGAUGUAGUGCCUGGCAAUUUAUCAAGAACAACUGAUUUGGCCUCUGGGAGUAGAAAAGACAAAUGUAUUAUACAAUACAAGAGGACUUACAAAAAUAAGUCCAAGGUAAAGCCAAUCCAGGAGGAGACUCCCCAUGACCAGGGCACUGAUAAUUUGGAAGGUGGGCCGAGCACUAGACUCAGGCCAAGAAAGUUAAAUCAGCCUCCAAAGGACCCGAAACAUGUUACACACAAAGUUGUAGCAAAAGAUGAACUGAAGACAUCCAGUAACAGAGGAAAAUCGGCUUCUGGAAUUCAAGCAUCAGCUGGUAGCAGCUCCAAAAAAGCAGAGGCAAAGUAUUCAUGUGAAGUAUGCAUGAUGAACUUUGGCUCCAAAAAAGAGCUGGGGCUCCAUGAAAAAAAUAUCUGCUCGGUCAAGGGGUGCGGAAAGAAGUUUGCGUCGCACAAAUAUCUGAUCCACCAUCAGAAGGUGCAUCGUGAGGACCGCCCCCUACAAUGCACUUGGGAAGGCUGCACCAAGACGUUUAAAUGGGCUUGGGCUCGGACGGAACAUAUCAGAGUUCAUACAGGUGACCGUCCAUAUACCUGUGCUGAGACUGGCUGUGGCAAAACAUUUCGCUUUGUGUCAGAUUUCAGUCGCCACAGGAGGAAGACAGGACACUCAGGGUAG